UCUCUCCAAUCUCAUCACAGCAGAGAUUUGCAGUUCGUGCUCACAGCUCUGCAACCACCCCAGUUUCUGAAACUCAACGUACAGUAAUAUCAACCAGAACGGCAAGAUGAGGUCAACCAGAUCACCAAACUUGUUAAACACCCCCCCUUCUUGUUUCAGCUUUCCUACUCAUAUUCCUGUUGCCUCUUUCUAUUUUAAGCUCUGGACCACCUUCCCUGUUCUAUCUUGCCUUUAAAGUUCUCUCUUUUUUCUCUCCUCCUCUUUAUAUCACUUUCUCCUUCCUUCUCUCUCUCUCUCUCUCUCUCUCUCUUUCUCUCAAACUCCACCUCCAUACACAGAGAGAGCAUGCCUGAAUGUCCAGAGAAAGUAGGGAGAGAUUUGAUGAGAUAGGCAAGAAGAUCAAGAGAGACGGAGAUGCUUCUCAUAAUCAGAUUAUGGGAAGGAGACACAUGCUGGGUCCUCCAGGAACCCUGAACACCAUAACUCCCUGUGCAGCCUGCAAGCUCUUGAGAAGGAGGUGUGCUCAAGAAUGUCCUUUCUCUCCUUAUUUCUCUCCCCAUGAACCCCAGAAAUUCGCUUCUGUUCAUAAAGUCUUCGGCGCCAGCAAUGUCUCCAAGAUGCUCAUGGAGGUACCUGAGAGCCAAAGAGCCGACGCGGCGAACAGUCUCGUCUACGAAGCGAAUGUGAGGCUGCGAGACCCAGUUUACGGGUGCAUGGGUGCAAUUUCGGCUUUACAGCAGCAAAUUCAGUCCUUGCAAGCUGAGCUAAAUGCGGUGAGGGCCGAAAUCAUCAAGUUCAAGUAUAGAGAAGCAGGCAUCAUCAAUCCCACUUCUCACAUGACUUUGCUUUCACCGGGUACGGUCUCGAUUGCUGCGCCGCCUCCCACUCCGCCGCCGCAGCCUGUUCCUCCCACGAUGCCACCUCCUCUCCCGCCUACCUCCUCGCCUCCUUCCUUGUUUAGGCAGCCGAGUGGCACAACUGACUACGGCGGCAUUUCCAGCGAGAAUGUCUCCUAUUUUGGUUAAAACUUCUAAACUUACUACCGAAAGAUCUGAUUUUAUUUUUCCUGCCCAAGAAUUAUUCGGAAUAAAAUCGAGAGCACCAUUAGAUUGUUAGCUGAUUUGCUUGGGAUAGGCAACUUUAGUCUUCUUCAUGAUUCAAGACAACCAUAGGGUUAUCACUAUGUUUCGAGUUAAGGAUUAUUAUAUACCUGGUUUCCUUAUCCAUCUCUAGCCAUGUAUGUAAUUUGCUUCAAAACAUAUAUGUCAUUUCUCACUUUUUUAUCUUAUAUACCGAGAGUACU